AUGUCUACGUCUGAAAAAUGUUGUUUCAUGGUGCCAUUGAAUGUAGGAUGUUUCGUAGUGGGAAUUGUCAGUUGUGUCCUGUCUGUAAUCAUGUUUUCGAUGUCUACGCUGUUCUUUAUUAUGGAGUCUGGAGUUAAUAAGCACGAGCUUACGGUGGAGAGUGUACACUUUGCCAAGUACCUGGGCCUAUACUUGAACUCCUCGUCGGUUCAUAUCAUUCUGUCCAUCACCAUGAUCAUCUCUUUAUUAUGGAUGAUGUUCUCCGUCCUGUUGAUCUUGGGUAUUCUCAGGAACAAUGCCAACUUCGUGCUGAGUCACUUCUUGUUUGGCAUCGUGAUAAACAUCAUCAGUAUACUGAGCGCUCUACUAGUGCUACUGCAGAGCUUACAGAGCUGGAAACUUUCCUUUAUCCUGUUCGCAUUGUCCUUUCUCCACAUACAUUUCCUGGUGGUGAUUUACACGGUUUACGAUCUUAUGAACAGAGGUAAAGACUUGAGAUUCCACCAACACGCUGACGACGAAGAUCUUCUGGUCGAAUGCUUUGAUGACAAUCUGGAUAACAUAUAG